AAAGCGUCGCAUGUUCGAGGCGGGAGGAACACAUGUCAGGUUUUUUCCAGAAGCGGCCGGUAGAUGCCCCAGGGUUCGUUCUCUCUCUCUCUCUCUCUCUCUCGCCCCGGGAUGGGAACUUGGCUCGCGUCUGUGCGGAUAGUAUAUGCGAGUCCUGGAGCCCGCCUGCCAUAGAUGCGACGGCACGUUGACCGCUUGCCGACAUACGAGGAGGGACAUGGUCCUUGCGUCCCCUCCCGCCUGCCGGCCGCCUCAACUUUGCAGCGUAACGACUGGCCGACAAGUCGUCGUCUCAUGAGCGCCCACGGGGGUCACGGAACCGACUCGAAGCCGUGGCCAGUCGCCGAAGCCCUGCGGCGUGGAAGACCGACCCGACGAGGGACGAGCGAGUCAUCCACAGACGAGACGAUGACGUGACAUCCAACAACAGCGAAAAGACAGACGCAAACGCGACUCGGGGGACUCAACCAUUUGGCCGUUCGACUGAGGUGACAGGGCUGGACGACCCAAUCGCCGAGCCCGAGCCGGGUAUCGACAAGCGGGCUCAGGAAGUCUCCAGCGUAGCAUCAAAGCAAGAAGCAAAGGAAUAAGGACUACGAGGAAAACGCGAGACGGAAAGCCCCCCUGCAAAAGCAAUCACAACGCCGAUGCCACCCAGAAUAACCAAAGCCAAACCCCGCGUACUGUGGCGAGGCGGGAGUGCUAACAUGGGAGUAAAAAAAAAAAGCCAAAGACACGAUAUCUGGCCGUGUUCUCGGACGACAACGCCACUCAGUUGCCAAUGAAGACGGAAACCUGCUCCCAAGCCCAAAUGCUGAUGUACGGACUCAGCCGCUCGCCCACUCUUGCAGACUUCCAGAAUAUGCCCAUGAAACUGUCGCAUGUGAUGUCAGCCCCCUUGUUCUGGAUCAGCGGUCCAAACCUCCCCCUCGGCUGUGGAUUCUCGGCAAGGUGAAUCCUCAGACGUACCCAUCUUUCCUGUUGUCCAGCAGGGCCGGGAAUAUGGCGUGGACGUAUGUGCUCGUGCAGAUCAGGAGGAGGAUGACAAGGAGCAGCGACUGGAAGUUAAACAGGGCGGCCUGUCGUCGGGUUGCGUUUGGUUAGCACUGGGUUGAGGUUAAGCAACGGGCGUCGUCGUGCUUGCCGGCGCUGGGGCAAAGUGAAAGCAACGGUCGACAGAGAGCGCCCACAUACCAUCUUGGCAGCUCGGGACGCGAUCAGGAGACGAGGGACCGGGACGGGGGCCUGUUUGUUUCCGUAGAGGUCGGCGCGUGGGCCUGAUGUGGCGCUAUUUAUCGAGCGCGAGGAUGAAGGCAAGCGGAUGUGGCCUGGGUGACUCUGCGGUUUCUUGGAGACGGUGUCUUGGGCGGUGUUGUCGCAAGGCUGGUGGUGCUCGUUAGGAGUGAGGUGGAUUGAUUGGACAUGCUGUCAUCGGAAGAACAGCUUUUCCAAUUUGUUGGAAAGCCAAUCCUGGCCCAGCGGUCCCCCCAGCGGCGGUCCCCAGCGCCCCCACCACCCCUGGAGCUUAUGCCGGUUGGUGCUGUGGGGGUCCCCGCCCGCCGCCGGAUGGAUCCUGGUCGAAGCUACUGAAGCCUUGGCGCGGCAGGAAACUUGUGCGGCGGCGGCGUCGCGUUGGCUGCGAUUGAGAAUGAAACUUGGACCAUGUAAUGAAUCACGGCA